AAGUAUGGCGGUAGAUGUUGUUUUGACAAGCCACAUCCAAAACACCAUCGUAAAUGCCAUCAAAUACGAUCAUAUUCCACAGGAUCUCGCCGAACGACUAUCACAAUAUACAGAUGUUUCUCUGGAGAAACAAGAUUCCACGCAAGGGGUCUGCAAAGUUCCUAUUCCGUUUAAGUUAGUGAAGCAACUUUGGAAAUGCGUCCGAGAGAAGCAUGAUUCAGAUUCAAGCUCAAAUAUGUAUUUACACGAGUUGCUUUGUGGAAGUGAAGUUUAUGUAGAGCCACUAAAACUACCAGAAAAGAGUCCAGAGCUUGUAGCACGUCUUAAGAAACUAAAAGCAAAACAAGAAAAAGUGGAGUAUGAAAGAAUGGUUUCAAAUAUUGAUCAAAAGUGGCAUCAAACUGAUGGAAUGCAAUUUGGACAAGAAGUUCGUUCUGGUGGCAAACAGUUGUCUUCAAUAAUCAACUUCCUGUUGUCAAUAAUUGCAACAUUCACAUUUGGUUACAUUGCAUCACAGUAUGCUUUUCCUUCCAUUGCUGUGCGAGUGAUUAUUGGAGUUUUGCUGGCAUUCAUUGUAGCAAUUGCUGAAUUGUAUUUCAUGGCUAGAGUGGAGAUUUGAUUGAGAUGAAAAUUAGUUUUCAAUUAAAAAUAAAAUAAUUUUAUGCUAUAAAUGA